UCGCUCUUCUUUUUAGCAUCGCUCUCAUGUCAAAUGGUAUAAAUAGACUGUGCACGAGGAGGCGAACAAAAAUAGAAGCCCGUCAGAAGUGUAUCUUGUGUGUUAUGUGUAAUAAUCCCUAGUUCUAACCUAAUCAGAUCAGUGAACUGCUCGGUCCUACAUCAAACUGGGUUGAAUAAACAAAUGAUCAGUUAACUCAUUUGAAAAAAGCAAGAUUCAAUUGACGGAGGAAUUGCAGAACAAGAGAAGGAAGACGUCUUACUUCUAGUUUAACAUUUGUCCAACUCCUAAUAUGGGGUCUCCUUGCGACUGGCAAGUUACAAAACAAAAGGUAGCUCAGCGAGGCAAGCAUAUAUUAGAAACAGGACAAUGGUCUGAUUGCAAAUUCAUCGUGGGUCAAGAACCCCACCAACAGAUUUUGGAAGGACACAAAUUGUUCUUAGCUAUGUCAAGCCCGGUCUUUGAAGCGAUGUUUUUUGGUGGAAUGGCUGAGAAAAAUGAUCCCAUUCCCAUCAGAGAUGUACAACCUGAAGCUUUCAAAGCUCUUUUGGAAUACAUUUACACAGACAACAUUGAUCUCGGCUCUUUUGAAUUGGCAUGCGAGUUGUGCUACUGUGCAAAAAAGUACAUGCUUCCAUUCUUAGUUGAGGAAUGCACAAAAUUUCUCUGGUCAGAUUUGUCCCCAAAAAAGGCUUGCCGAGCGUAUGAGUUUGCCAAGUUGUUUGAGGAGCCAGUAUUGAUGGAAAAAUGCCUUCAGAUAAUCUGCACAAAGACUAAUAGUGUAUUGAGCAAACCAAGUUUUGAGGAAAUCGAGGUUGGGACGCUGGUCACUGUCUUUGAACAGGAAGAGCUAGAAAUAAAUUCUGAAAUAGAAUUAUUCUCUGCUGCUGAACGAUGGGCAAAAGCAGAGUGCUCCAGAAAAGGGCUCGAUGCUGAAGACAGUAAAUCCCUGCGCUCAGUUAUUGGAAACGCACUUACUAAAAUAAGAUUCUUAACUUUAACCCCACAAGAAUUUGCCGAGGGUCCCGCCAGAUCUUCUUUGCUUAAUCAGGACGAAGCAUUUGCUAUUUUAAUGAAUAUUUCAUCGAGUGAAAGCAGGUGGCCUAUGCCUGAGGGAUUUUCCAGCAACAAUCAGAGCCGUGUGAAACCGUUAAAACAGCAUCCAACGAUGGGAGAUUUGUCGACAAUCGGAGUUAUAGCAAGUACCAGUGGAGCUAGUGGAACUAGCAGUUCGAAUAAUAUGUUGAGUGAGGGCCAGGCACCAACCUCAUUAUCGAAGUUGAAUUCUAGGAGUUCGUUUCAAGACAAUAGCUGGUACGCAGGUCCGCAAAAUGUUGCUGGAUCAUCAAUGAGUCUGAGUAAUUCUUCUCUGAACGUAGUCAAUAAUACCUUGAAUAUGAUGGGGUCAGGGGCAGCAGUCGAAGGCGGAGGAGUCAGAGAAGGUCUCAAGUAUUAUUGCCUAAGGUCCAUAGUCCAGCAAACAGACUGCCUAAAUACAAGCGUAUUGGAUUGUUCUGUCGCCUUCAAUGUUGACAGAAACAUUUGCGUUAUUGGCGUACAAGUUCCGACUCAGGUACAGAGUCAGUCACUCGAUCGAUUUGCUCCAAUGGUUCCUGGCUCGUACACCGAACUGCUAUAUGCCCAUCUUCUUGACUCAGAUGGGUCCAGAUUGACGUAUACCCAUUUUACGUCUCGAGUAAACCUUGGCUCUUUGGUCGAGAUUACGUUUAAUAGGCCUGUCUACAUUCAAAGAAACAAGGUAUACCGUGUCGGCGUUGUCUUUAACAAAGUUGGUUGGUACCCUAUGGGUGCUUGUACGCAAAGAAUGGCCUGUGAUUCUGUAUUCUUCUCAUUUGGAGUUGGAAACAGCGCAGACAGUGUGAGAGAUGGUCUAAUAAGAUCAAUUAUCUUUACUUAUUGAGGGAUACAGACAACGAUAUACUGCAUCCAAGAUCAAUUUUGGUUUAAAAAAAAAAUAGGGCCCGUGUUGGUUUUUAUUACACACUAUUUAUUGCUCCAAUUCCUGUUUUUUUUUUUUUUUUUUUUUUU